CAUCUUGCUUUUUUCAUCGCUUUGUCAUCUCAAAUGACGAGUCAUGUGACAUUGAAAUACUAGAAGCUGUUGUCUCUGCCUGUCUUCUCACUCACCACUGAUUCUUCACACUGGAGUCACCCUGAGCAGCAGGUUGUCCAGAAUGCUGUCUUUGGUCUUAAUCACAGGCCUCCUGGCUUUUGCUUCUGGCAAACCAUGUGAUACUGAAGGAUCCAACAGUGAGCUGCUCCUGUCACUCAAUAAGAAUCUCCUUCGCUCUCUGGAGACGCAGGAAGGACUCCCCAAUCCCAGUGUUCACUUGGCAUUACGGCUUUCCAAUCACCACAACCUGAACAAGGAGAGAGAACACCUGGCCAGGCUGAAAAGUCAUUUGCACAAUAACAUUCAAAGCUCUCUCUCUAAUAGCCAGUCUGUGGUCGGCCUCUUGGCGCUGUACACUCUGGCUUUGAAGUCCUCCUGCUCUGACCUCAACACAGUCACCUUCACCGUCAACGAGAGGAGUGAGACGCUGCUGACGCACCUGAAGAAGCAGAUGGAACUAGAAAAAGAGCAUAUUGCCUUCAGCCAACGCCCUUUGACCAACUAUUACCAGUACUCUCUGGGCGUGCUCGCUCUUUGCGUGAGCAGCAUCAGGGUCAACCACCAUGUCAGCCACAAGCUCAUCAAGGCAGUCGAACAUGAGCACUUCACACAUGGAGAAUCUGAGAGUGUUGAUACCUAUGCCAUGGCUGGAAUGGCACUGCAGUGUGUGAAGGAUGCUGGCUCUUAUUUGCACAAUGCUGCUGAGCUUGACACAGCCCUUACCAAGAUCCAGCAGAAGCUCUUGGCCUCUCAUAGGACUGAUGGUCACAUUGGCAAUGAGUUCAGCACAGGCCUUGCAGUUCAAGCCUUACUGGCAAUGGGAAGCCCAGUUGCAGAGUGUGCUGUCCCGAUGGAGGCCAUGAGGGCAGACGCCAGAAACAACACAUACCAUAACCCCAUGGCCAUCUCUCAGAUCCUGCCAGCUCUCCACCAGAAAUCCUACCUGACAGUUAAAAGCAAGGAGUGCGACAAUGACGAUGACACUCUGGUGCUGGAGCCCAUAGAUCCUGUGGUGGUUUUACCAAGCAACACCAAAGUCACUGUGAUCGUGGAAGUGGUGACGACCAGCGGGCCAGCUGCUGUUUACUCUGUGGAUGUGCCAAAGGGCAGCUCUCUGUUGGAAGCCCUUGAACUUCUCAAGGCGGGAAAUGUUGGCUUCACGUUUGAGAAGGAGACCAGUCUGUGGGGACCCUUCUUAAGUGCGGUGAAUGGAGAGCAGGCCAGACAGAGCGACCGCAGAUAUUGGCACCUCUCCUCUGAUGGUACUGCACUCAGUGAGGGUGUCGGUGAUUUCAAGAUUAAGGCAGCUCAAAAGAUCACCAUCAAAAACACAAGCUACUGAGAGUCAGUCACAGUCAACAGUGAUCAAAUCACAAAAGCAGUUCAAUCUUUUGUUUUUUUUAUCCUCUGUUGUUUUAACCAUUGAUUAUACAUAUAUUUCAAGUAGGUUUGAAACUUGAAUAAUAAAGUGUAAUUUAGAACUAAUUGAAGAGACUUUAGUGUGAAUAUUCUAACUUUAGUACGUAAAUUGUAAAGCUUUUUUUAUGAUGGAUUGUUAAAUGAGUGUAAAAUGUUUAUUCAAAUGAAUUACAAUGCGUGACUUUGCUUUUUUAAACAAAUAAAAGAAGGUUGUGAUGGCCUUUAGAGUUUC